AUGUCGUCGCUGCGCUUUACUGACGACGACUUCCAAGCCGCCUGGAAGGAACUAGACGAGCCGCAACUGGACGGAGGAUGGCAGCUUUUCACCGAAACCAUGGGCGUCCAAAUUUACAGACUUCUGGAAAAGGAAACGGGACUUUACGAGUAUAAAGUGUGGGGUUCACUGAGCGGAUGCGAGGCGGAACUGUGCGCUGACGUCUACAUGGACCUGACAUACCGCAAGCACUGGGACUCGUACGUCAAAGAGCUGACGGAGAGGGAGAUUGACGGGCAGUCGGCCAUCUACUGGGAGGUCAAGUACCCCUUCCCUCUGUCCAAUCGCGACUAUCUGUACGUCAGGGAGCAACGCGUGCUGGACGUGGAUGGCAGGAAGAUAUGGGUGAUCUUGGCCAGAAGCUGGCCCGAGGCGUCGUACCCCGAGAAGAACGGCAUCCUGAGGGUCAAAGACUACAAACAGACGGUGGCAAUAGAGGCCGACGGCCAGACGGGAACCAGAGUUUUCAUGAACUACUUUGACAAUCCCGGUGGCAUGAUCCCCACGUGGCUGGUCAACUGGGCAGCAAAGAGCGGCGUUCCCGGCUUCCUGACGGACAUGAAAAAGGCCUGCGCCGAGUAUCCGCUCUACUGUCAGAAGAAAUGA